AUUUGAGAAUAUUCUACUCAUCUACCAACACUUCAUCUCAAAUGUAUAACAUGACUUCAUUAUCAUUGUUUUCUCUCUUAUCAUUAUUCGCAGCUCUGCAUCAGUCCGAGGGAAUUUUUUCGUGGGAUUAUCAGACUAUAACACCCAGAGGAUCUAUAGAUUGUUAUAAAGGCGUGACAAUGGAAUUAUUUAGAAAUUUAAAAAAAGAGGUCGAUGAAAAUUACAUUCAAGAUGAAGAAAAAGAACUUUGGUACAAAAUUAAGAUACGAUCGGAAUCUACGGCUUUAAUCACUAAACAUGGCCCAUUUCGCGAAUUAUUCACCGAAGGGAUGAAACAAGCAGAAGAAAUAGGUACCAGAACUAUUAAUAAGGUAAAUCAAUGGCUAUUGGAUAAUAAUUGUGAUGACGAAAAACAACAACGAAUAGAACAUUAUAUCAAAACUUUCAGAAAAGGUAGCGCUGGAUGUGGAGAUUUGAAUUAUUUGAAUAAUGCCAUCACAGCUUUGGAGCAGACUUGUAUGGAUAAAAGUGAAAAAUCAAAUACAGACGAUUCGGCAUCUGUUUUGGCUGUCAAUGAAGAUAGCAGUAACCAUGAUAUAAAAAAUCCUUGGAUUAGAUCAAGCAGGCUGCAUAUCUAAUGAUUAUUUAACGUAUUAUAAAAACAUUAGUAAAUUUAUGUGUUUGAAUUUUGUAAUAGACUAAAACACCAAAUUUUGGGGGUAUUUUCUUCCUUAUUUCGUUAAAAAUUUUAAUCAUUUCCAUGCAGUAGAUUAGAUACGAGUAGUUAAAAUUCCUGUACAGUCAAGAAAGGGAGUUAUUUCAAUUUUUGAACUACUAAAGUACAUAGGUACCAGUUCCCGAAAGAAAUUUUGAAAACUUCAACCGUUCAGUUGCACAGUUUAAAACAGAUGGAAUGAAAGGAAAAAACAUAAUGUUUGAAUUUUUUGUACAUUUUUUGAGAUUUCUGUACCUAAAAAAUUUUCCAACUCGAUAAAAAUGUGUAAAAAAACAUCCUUGAAGCAUUUUUUUUCAAAUCUGUGGGGUGAAAAAUUGAUAUUGCACCUUCUUUUCAACUUAGAUACGCAAAUAAUUAAGAUUGGUGAAAAUCUCUCGUACAUAUUUCAAUAUCCUAGCAAAUUUCUUGAACUUGGA